UAUUAUUUUCUUGCAAAUAAAGGGAACAAAUUACAUGUGAAGCAUACAAAACAUACAUCAAUAAAUGGAUAAAUAAAAUAUAAAAUAAGAUUGCCAGGGGAAGCUUAUAGACCAUUACAAAAAGAAAGGUAAGUAAACGAUAAUGCGCACAGCUGAUACUCGGGCGAAUGACGUAACACACGUCUACUGGUUCUGACUUCCUGCACAGACAGCCUCCGAUAUUUAACAAUUAUUUGUUUUUGGCAAAAUAAAUACAUGGGAAUUUUUUUCUUGAGCAAGUAGCUAGAAUAUAUAUUGUAUAUACUCACCAAAUACUAAAAUAGGACAGCUGGCAAACUACAAAGGACGACCGUAAGCAAACUAUCUGUAUGGCUAUAGCUAGCUAACUUUAAGUUCAUUACCUACAGUAGCUAACUACAGAACAUGUAAUGGUGUCGGUGGCUAAAUAGCUUACGUUAGUUGUCAAACUAUGAUUAGGAAUACAGUCACUAAUUUGAAUGCCCUCGGAGCAAAAAAAAAAAAGUGUUAUAACAUAGAUAACGUUAUUUAGCUUGGUUUCUUGCACGGUCUCGAGUCGCGUCUCGUAACGCUAGCUGAAGUAAUAGAAACAUAGCUAAACUAAGCUAACGUUAAUUGUAUAUUAGUGGCUAGUAUAAUCUCCAGCUAACGUAACGUAAACAAGUAGGUAGUUUGACAUUGUAGACCAAACCAACGUUGUCUGAUUUUGAGCAUUCUUACAUUAUGAAAAAUUGUGAGUAUCAGCAAAUUGAUGCUAGGGCACUUGGAACACCCGCCUCGUCAUUUCAGCCCUGUACGGAAAUGAAAGUACCGAGGCUUCGAAGAAAAUGGGAAGUAUUUCCAGGGAAAAAUCGCUUUUAUUGCGACGGCCGGAUUAUUUUGGCCAGACAAAGUGGCAUCCUCCCUCUGACGCUCGGUCUUAUCGUUGUCACAAGUGUCCUUUUCUUUGCUUUUGACUGCCCGUUCCUGGUGACGCACCUGACUGUCUGCAUACCUGUGAUUGGUGGGGUGCUGUUUUUGUUUGUGGUCAUCUCUUUACUGCAGACCAGCUUGACAGACCCUGGAAUCCUGCCUAGGGCCCUCCCAGAUGAAGCUGCAGACAUUGAGAAACAGAUAUACACCUCAGGUUCCUCCAUGUACCGACCCCCUCCGCGCACCAAAGAAAUCCUCAUAAACCAGCAGGUGGUGAAGCUCAAGUAUUGCUUUACCUGCAAGAUGUUCCGCCCCCCACGUACCUCACACUGCAGCCUGUGUGACAACUGUGUGGAGCGGUUCGAUCACCAUUGCCCGUGGGUUGGGAACUGCGUGGGCAAACGCAACUACCGCUUCUUCUACAGCUUCAUCGUCUCUCUGUCCUUUCAUACCUCCUUCAUCUUUGGUUGUGUUGUAACACACCUCACACUGCGAUCCCAAGGAGGGAAUGGCUUAGUCCAGGCUGUACAGGAGAGUCCUGCCAGUGUGGUGGAGCUAGUUAUUUGCUUCUUUUCCAUUUGGUCUGUUUUGGGCCUCUCUGGCUUCCAUACAUACUUAGUGGCCUCAAACCUCACAACAAAUGAAGAUAUAAAAGGCUCAUGGUCGAGUAAAAGAGGCGCAGAGGACUCUGGGAACCCAUAUACUUACAAUAGCAUUUUUAUUAACUGCUGUGCAACUCUGUGCGGUCCCAUGCCUCCCAGUCUAAUUGACAGAAGAGGCUUUUUGCCCCCUGAUGACAUUCCACCUGUUGCUGCAGCGGAUUUGGAGCUUUCCUCCUUCCUAGCCAAGAAUGACACGAACAUGUGCCACAUCGACAUGUCAAGCGAUGCCUCGGAUCGGAGUCGGCGGUUCAGUGUGCUGUCUUGGGAUCAGGUGCAGCGUUUGGACUCAAUCCUCGGCGAAGCGAUCCCGAUUCACGGCCGCGGAAACUUCCCUACACUCUCGGUCCAACCCAGGCAGAUUGUUCAGAAAUCGAGACUCCUCAGACCAGGCAACAUUCUUCCAGUCUUCAACUGUCCAAUUUUGGUGAUCCAGGCGCGGCUGGAGCAGAGAGGUGUGACCGUACGGGAUGUGAGGUUAAACGGUUCUGCAGCUAGCCAUGUGCUCCACCAGGACACUGGCCUGGGCUACAAGGACUUGGACCUGAUCUUCGGUGUGUCCUUGAAGGAUGACCAGGGUUUCCGGCUGGUCAAGGACGUGGUAAUUGACUGCCUGUUGGAUUUCCUACCUGCGGGGGUCAGUAAGGAGCGCAUCUCACCACUGACCCUUAAGGAGGCCUACGUACAGAAGCUGGUGAAAGUAUGCAACGACACGGACCGCUGGAGCCUCAUUUCACUGUCUAACAACACGGGCAAGAACGUGGAGCUGAAGUUCGUGGACUCUCUGAGGCGGCAGUUUGAGUUCAGUGUGGACUCCUUCCAGAUUGGCCUGGACACGCUGCUGCUUUUCAAUCGCUGUUCGGAGGCCGUCAUGUCUGAGAGCUUCCACCCUACUGUAAUGGGCGAGAGCAUGUAUGGGGACUUUGAGGAGGCCAUGGGACACUUGUGUAACCAGAUCAUUGCCACGCAUAGUCCUGAGGAGAUCCGAGGCGGGGGGCUUCUUAAAUAUUGCCAUCUGCUGGCACGGGGGUUCAGACCUGUCUGCGAGGCAGGGAUGAAGUCCCUGCAGCGCUACAUGUGCUCGCGCUUCUUCAUUGACUUCUCUGAUAUCAGCGAGCAGCAGCAUAAGCUGGAGGGCUAUCUGCAGAACCACUUUGCCGGCAUGGAGCACAAGCGCUACGAGUGCCUGAUGACUCUGCAUCAUGUGGUGAAUGAGAGCACGGUGUGUCUGAUGGGCCACGAGCGGAGCCAGACGCUCAGCCUCAUCUCAAUGUUGGCGCUCCGCGUGCUGGCAGAGCAAAAUGCAAUCCCCACGGUGACCAAUGUCACCUGCUACUACCAGCCUGCCCCCUACGUAAGGGAUAUCAACUUCAACAAUUACUACCUGGCACAUGUACAGCUACCGCUAGUUCAUUACAGCAACACUCACCAGACUUGGUUGCCAUGCAGCUAAGCUAACAAGCAUGUGCAGGGCAGAGGUGGAUUUGGAUCCAGUGUUUCCCUCCACUGGGUUUGAAAGAGAGAGAGACUGAGGAGAGGGGUUUGGCAGAGUAGAAACAUUGCUCUGUCUUAAAAAAAAAAAAAAAAGUAUCUUUGCCAAAUGUGACUUGUCUGAAACAAUCUUCUACUGCUGAAUAUCUGUUUUGAGCCAAUCCAUAUGUACCUCUUUUUUUUUUUUUCUCCUCACUGAACUUUUGUAGGAUUAAUGAUCAUUUUGAGAUGUAGCAAACAUUUGAGUGUUUCCUUAUAUUAGUGAGAACAUUUCUUUAUGAAGUUAUAUUUGUUCAAAGAGGACAUUUUUAUUUUUAAAGAAGCAAACUACUGAAGGGCUGUUAUUUGCAGAUGACAGCGUCAGUUGACUUAUAUUUAAAAAUUAUAUUUACCUGACCAAAGAUUUUUAUUGUAUAUGGGAAACAUAAAAUAUUAUUAAUUCCAAGUGCCUAAAACCAACAGACAGAAGUGCAAAAACUCAUAUUUAACUGAAAGCUGUGCUUCUUAAAGAGGUUUGUAUAACCUAGAUUACUCCCAAACCUCUUCAGGGAAAAGUGUUCAUUUUCAUGCAAUAAAAAAGAAAUCCAUAUAUUGUCUUUUUUUAUAUCAAUGUUUUUUUUUUUAUUACUGUUUGUAUGGUAAACAAAUUGAAAAGUGCCUUGAAACAAUAACAAUCAUUUGUCCUUGAAUCAACCUCCUAGGUUAUCGUUCCUCCAAAGUUUAUUUAUAUUAUGCAUGGCUGUUUAACUACACAUGAAGUGAUUUCUACGUACAUCUAUUUAUGUAUGUAUUUUUCCAG